AGUGAAAUGAAUGGCUCCAUUGCUUUCUUCUAGUCGAGCGCUAGUUCUUCCUUCUCGAAAUCAGGUUUUGGGGACACGCGCUAGGGCAAGCGAUCGCGAUGGCGAUCCCGUGGCGAACAAGGUCAGUAGCAGCCGGGGAUGGUUCUACGACAAAUUCGUGUCGCAAAACACGAUGGAGGCCAAGCUCAACAAGCUCAAGGCCGAUGUCGCCGCCCGGAAUGGCUACGUUGGAUCCCUGUUUGACGACGCAUUCAAGUACACUGCUUGGAUUGAAAUUCAUCGAAAGCUAACAGAGAGAAAUCUGGUGAGCCUCGAUUGCGAUGAAGCAUACAAGAUGAUGAAGAGCGGUGACGCUGUUCUUAUUGACGUUCGUGAGUGUCAACCCUUCGAAAAGGUGCAUGGUGAGGGAACAAAGUCCGCUCCCUUGUUCCGACAAAUUCAAGGAAACGAUCUCAAAGCAAAUGCCAGGAGACUGGGAUUUGCCUUGCUUACGAACUUCUCUGGCACAGAGCGCAACCCAGAAUUCGUGGAGAAAGCUCUCGACGCUGUUAACGGCGACAAGAACAAGAAAGUAAUCGUUCUGUGCAGCAUUGGAGGAACUCUCCUCACGUACGUCGAGAGAACGGGGCCUAAAGCAAAGAAGUUCAAGGAUCCCGAGCGCUUCUUUGGACGUCAGUCGAGAUCAUUGAAAGCGGCAUAUGAACUCCAGGAAGCAGGAUUCACAAACGUUUUCCACCUCCAGGGUGGAUUUAACGAAUGGAUCCAUCGCGAUCUUCCCACCUCUGGAACCGCAAUAGACUAAAACUUACCAGGUAUCCGCG